AUGGAGUCUAUUUGUUGGGGUUGUGCCGGUAAUCUAGUGGAAGCUAACGAAAUUGUUUGCAAUGGCUUCUGUAAAUCCGCUUUCCAUCUGAAGUGCGCUCGUAUAACUGCUGAAACAAGAGAUGCUAUCGCCGGUAGUUCACAAUUGUUUUGGAUGUGCCAUGCCUGUACGAAAAUGAUGAGUAACGCUCGUUUUCGUCAAGCCAUUUCGUCUACUAACAACGCUAUGCAGGCAAUGGUUGAAGAUCAAAACAAAGUACUGGAUGAGUUGCGUAAUGAAAUUACACUCAACACUACGAAAAUAAACACAAUUCUCCAGCGAACUCCCAUGCCCACUACUCCUCGAAUUCCGAUAACGACAAACUCACGCAAACGGCCACGAUUAAUAAUUCCGGACGAACCGUCACAGCAGCGCGAUAAUGCCACAGAAGGCACAAGAGAUAUUCAGCCUGAUGAUGCUAUCCCACUGGCUGCGGCUAAAAAGGAGAAGUUGUUUUGGUUGUAUUUAUCCGGGUUUGAUCCUCAAGCAACGGUAAAUCAGAUCGAAAAACUUGUACGAAACAAUCUCAACACAGAGAAAACAGUGGACGUGGUUAAGCUGGUUCCAAAAGGCAAAACACUGGAGGAACUCACGUUUGUUUCUUUCAAAGCUGGUGUCGAGAUGGAUUUAAAAGAUUUAGCUUUGUCCAGAUCGACCUGGCAGAAAGGAAUUAUAUUCCGACCGUUUGAUUUUCAGCACACUGCUAGUACACGCACGUUCUUUCGAUUCCCAUCCACGCCGGGUGGAAUUCAAUCGCAAUAA